AUGGAUUCUCCUUUGAACAUAGAAUUAAACAGAAUAAUGCAAAUUGUAUUAGAAACAAUUAGAAUCAAUCGAUCAACAACAGUAGACGUAUUAUUAGAUGCUUUAAAAUUAAAUUACCCAAACGUUAACACCAUUCACUUGCAAUACAAACUCAAUAAAGUAAUUCGUGAACUGAAAAAUGAAAACGUAAUUCAUGAAAUCAAAAAGCAUAAAAUAGACUUUGGUCAAAAUGUUCAUUGUUGGACUCAAAAUAUGUUUUUGAUUGAUUUGAAUAUAAUUCAGUGCCUGAAAGUACUUGAUAAACUUUUAAGUGAAAUAAUUAAGAUCUCAAAUAAGCAAUCUGGCUCAGUGGGGGGGGGGUCAAAAAAACAAAAAAGUUCUAUUAACAAUAUUACUGAAGAUGAGUCUGGACACAAUGAACCGAAGUGCUCCAGUUUGAUAGUUUCUAAUCCUAUAACCAGAAAUAUUCAUAAUAUUGCCAUUGAAAGCAAUCAAGAAUUGAUGUCUAGUGAUAAUGAUGAUUAUGAAAAUAACAAUUUAAGUAGUGAUGAUUUAAGUGAAGAAAGCAAUUGUGAAAAUGAUAUAGAGGUAAUUAACAAUUAUAAUGAACAUGAAGUAGCUGCAAAAUAUUUAACAAAACCAGAUAGUUUUUGA